AUGCGCCAUUUAACCAGACUUUCGCUCCUCAUCCUCCCUCUUCUUGCCACCUCCCUCCCAACCCACACCACCGAAACCGAACUCACCCCUCUCCCGCUCGUCAUCUGGCACGGCCUCGGCGACGACUACCACCGCGAUGGCAUGAAACAGCUCGCCACAUUCGCCGAGUCUGUCAACCCAGGCACCUACGUACACCUAAUCCACCUCGGCGACUCCAGCUCGGAUGACCGACAGGCCACAUUCCUAGGCAACGUCACGGAGCAAAUCGCCGCCGUCUGCGCACAGCUCGCCGCAGAGCCCAUUCUCUCCACCGCACCCGCAAUCAACGCCCUCGGUUUCUCUCAGGGCGGCCAGUUCCUGCGCGGGUACGUGGAACGGUGCAAUAAUCCGCCUGUGCGCAACCUCGUCACCUUCGGCAGCCAGCACAACGGCAUCGCCGAGUUCCAGGAGUGCAAGUGGAGUGACUUUGUCUGCCGCGGCGCGGAAGCUUUGCUGAGGCUCGGGAGGUGGUCGAGCCUCGUGCAGAGCCGGCUUGUGCCUGCACAGUACUUCCGAGACCCCGCGGAGCUGGAUGAGUAUUUGGAGAAUAGCAACUUCCUCGCCGAUAUCAACAACGAGCGCGUGUUGAAGAAUACGUCGUACAAGGCGAAUCUGAGCAAGCUCAAUCGGUUCGCAAUGUUUAUGUUCGAGGACGAUAAGAUUGUGCACCCGAAGGAGACUGCGUGGUUUGCUGAGGUAGACACGACUACUGGGGAGAUUACGCCGCUCCGCGAGAGGGAUAUAUACAAGGAGGAUUGGUUGGGGUUGAAGGAGUUGGAUGAGCAAGGCAAGUUGAAGUUUGAGACACUGCCGGGGAAUCAUAUGGAGUUGUUUGAUGAGGAUCUGGAGAAAGUGUUUACGGAGUACUUUGGGCCUGUGGAGGUUGAAUUCCCUCCUACCCAGAAGCCUCAGAUUCUCGUUCAGCAAGGCUAUUAA